AUGCAAAACAUUACUCCACAAUCUGCCAAAAUAUAUUCAGAUGAUGUAGAGAACUCUACUAUGUACAAUAAAAAUCUAGCUCUCCAUUCUUGGUCAAACGCUAACAUUGAAAAUUUCCUUAAAAUGAGAAAAUAAACUCUGAUUCUUGAAUAAACGACUUUCAUAAAGCUAAGAUAAAAACAUUUUUUUUUAAAUCUAUCUUUUAUAAUUAUAAUAUUAGAUAUAUAGCCCGACCCUGCUUUGGAUCGGGAUUGUCUGAUCUCUCUCGACGUCAGAUGGGAGUUGGCAAAGCCAACUCCCAAGAUGACAAAUCUCCAACAAAAAGAGGAUUUGUCAUCUCCCCAUCUGACGUCAGACAAGCCUGAACUAAAGCAGGAGUCGGGCCAUGCUAGUAAAUAGCUUCUAGGUAAUUUAAUGAGAUUUCUAGCAUACUUGCUAAUAGAUGUGCGCUCACUAGCACAUAAUUUUGCAUGGGUAAUUUUUUAAAAUAAUAACUAUAAAUAAUUUUUCAAACCCGUCCUUGUUCGAAUGACAACUGGCCACUCUAUAUUAAUGAGAAGUAAGGAAAGUCUACGAGUUCACAAAUGUAAAUAGAAGUCACAUUUUUGGCGGUCCAUUACAAAGAGAUGAAGCCUUUCUUCUCAAACUUAAAAAAGAAGAGCAGCAAAGAGAGCUUCAACUAUGCUUAAAAGCCCAGAUUGAAGAAAAAAACAGAAUAAAAGAGCAAGAAAAGAAAUCUCUUCGAAAUUUUGAAAAUAUUGACACAAAGCCAGAUCAAAAAGAAACCCAAGAAGCCUGCCAUGAAAAUUUAAAAUCUCCAAUUGACACAGAAACUUCCACUGCUGAACAAGAGGUAGCGAAAAGCCCUAUUCCAGCUUUAGGCUCAGAAGUUACAAUAGAAAAUUUAGAUUAUCUUAAUAGUCUCUGCAAAGAACUGAAAAAUGAGCAAGAGAAACUAUCUCCCCUUUAAAUUGGAACGUAAGAUUUCAUUUUUUGGGUACUUAACUCCUUUAAAUUUUUUCAUUGAAAAAUUUUAUCGGCAAAUAUGCUAAUUUUAAUAAAUUAGUUUUUGUCUAAUUUAAUAAGUAUAAUAUUAUUUAAACUGUUUUCACACUCAAUCGAUUAAAUUUUUGAUUAAUUCUUCAUAAAAAUAAUUAAAAUUCAAAAAUAUUGUUCAAUAUACUUUUAAAAAUUUUAAAUAAAGAAAAAUUUAUAUACAAUAUUUUUAAAACAAAAUAAACCCUCCUUUUGAAUUGAAAUAGAAUUCUUGGUUCCAAUUAAAUGGAGGAGUAAAAGGAAAAAUAAAAGAUCAAGAAAAUGUGAUCCAAGAAUUGAAAACUACAAAUAAAGAAAAACCAAGAACAGCGUCUGUUAGAAACAGAACUCCUAGCAAGAGGAUUAAAAUUUCGCCUUCAACUAGUAAACCGAAUAAGCUGAAAGAGCAACAUGAAGCUGAAAAGGCAAAAAUUGCCAAAAUAGAAGAAAGAAUUGCGAAUGCUAGAAAGAAAAAAGCAGAAAGCAAGCCUAAAAGCGCAAUUUUGAAAAGAAGAUCUAGCGACUCCAGUGAAAAAAGCGUCAUCAAAAUACCUGAAACCGCUAAGCCUAUAAGUCCUCCCUCACAAAGAGUGAAAAGUGCAAUCAUCAAGCCAGCGAUUCCUUUAUCCCCUGUAGUUCCUCAAACAAAGGUGCAAGUUUCUGAAGCAUUAGACGCACUUGAAGGAAAAAAUCUGGACAAUGCCAGUCAAAGCUAUUUUAUUUUCCCUGAUAGCGAUGGCGAAUUCUUCAAUGAGGAAAUGGAAAAACUAGCAGUAGAUAAUGAAAGGAGAAGUCCUAUUGAAAUUCAGCAUACCUAUGCUAGGAGCUGUGAUGAGGAAAAACCUGAAGUGCCUAAUACGUUUUUGGUAUUCCGCAAACAGGAAAGACCUUUGCUUAUGAAUAAAUCAGGAUUUCCAUGUGAUAUUUUUAGAAGACCUAAAUAA